AUGAACAAAUUGUCAAAUAGUCAACAGCAGAUACUUCUGCAACAGCAACAACAACAGCAACAACAGCAACAACAACAUAAUAAUAAUAUUGGCAGUAAUAGCUCACUUUUGCAUUUUGAUGCGAAACGCAAAUAUGUAGAUUCACUUGUUGAGGACUUGCCUCGUGCUAUGAACAACAACAACAGCAGUAGCAUCAAUAGCAUUAGUAAUAAUAACAGCAACAUCAACAAUAUCAAUAACAUUACAAAUAACAACAAUGCAACACAUGGCAACAUAAACUUACUGAAUGAUAUCAACUUGUUCUCUAUGGUUCAUAGACCUGUCAAUAACAAACAGACAGCAGUGAUUGACGCAUCUGCUCAUUCUAAACCUCAUUCAUUGGUCAAUGCCACAUAUCAAUUGCCACAUGCCAAUGUCAAUGCCAAUGCCAAUGUCAAUGUCAAUGCCAAUGCUCAUAGUUCAUCGUUGAUCAACAACGGAAACAAACCUUUCAAGCACUUUGCUCAUCACUCUGUCGAAUCACUUCCAUGUGAUCCAUCUCUUCAACAUCAUAUCAGCCAUCACAAGAAUAACAACAACAACACAAGUAUAAAGAGACCGAUUAAUGACGUGCUACACAACCUUCCAUGCAAUGAUGCCUCUGAUUGUUGCAAGCCACCACAACGUAACACCAACAACAAUGGACAUGUAUCACCCGUAGCACAUCACAGUCAUGACCAUGACGAUGAAAUAGACGAUGAUGAUGAGCUUGACGACUAUGAUGACGACGAGCAUCAUGAUGACAGUGACGAUGAGUACUCUCCCCAUAGAGACCACUCAACCUCGUCCUCCGCCACAGCAUCCAAUGGUGGUGGGUCAAAGCCCGCCUACCGAGUGGAUAGGUCGCUGCUACUUGCCAAUGGAAAGGCGUCCGCCGAGGAGGCGGAUAGGAGUGGCAUGUCGACCGAUAACCCCUGCUGUCCCAACUGUAACAUACCGGCCGCCCGACGACAUGACAAGCGACGUUGGUGGUGCAGAAACUGCACCAAGUCCUUCACACCGUUCCGCAAGGGCAACCGACUGAAUGCCAAUGGUGACGUCAUUGGCAACACAGCCCCACAGUGCGGUCGUUGCCACCAACAGGCAUCAAGGAAGCAUGACAAACGAAGAUGGUGGUGUAAGUCCUGUAAGAAGCCAUUCACUCCAUCAUCUGGAUCCAAUUCUCAUGACCAAUACAAUGUCUGUGAUAACUCACAAAUCAUAUACUUGAUGGGAGGAAAGGAUGAUACAUUGUCCGACAAGUAUGAUGAAUGUGAGGAGAUUGCUGCUGAUGAGAAGCCGGCUGCCGUUCGUACGACUGAGAGUGGAGCAUCCAAGUUCAAGUUGUUACUCAAUCCUGUUCUAGCCGAGGACGAGGGUGUCAAUGGCAAUGGUCUGACCAUCAAUGGCAGCAGCAAGAAGUCAAAGCAUAGACAUGAUAUCCUUGACGAGGAUAUCAUGACAUUGAACAGUCUUCAACAUCUCCAUCAUUUCCUAAGCAAGGACAUUCAAUCUUCAUCAUCAUCACAAUCAUCAACACAACAGCCGUCCAGAGAGAAGGCCAUUGUUGUUGACAGCAACAACUCCACAGCAACCUCAACAACAUCCUCAAUCAGGAUGACACCAAUCACACCAACACCACCCACACACUGUACAGAUACAUCACCCAAUCAACGACCCAAGUUUAACUCACUGAAGCUGACCAACAACUACGACAUCAUUGACAAUGAGGAAGUCCUCAAAGGAAUUUUCCGUAGCUCUCCUCCAUCAGUUGUCCAUGACAUUGGCGGCGCCGCCAGUGGCAGUGGCAGCAACAUCAGUCACCGACCCCAACAACAACAACAAACCAUUCAAAGGAAUCACUCAAUCAUUGAUAUGCUUGGACCAACGAUGCCUGAGAUUCCUGCUCCGAAGCAAUCCACCAGCAACACUUCUACGCCCUCUCCAUCGUCCUACUCCAACAUGAUCCAUGUGAUGCCUCACACAUCGCCCAGCCGCUCCAAGACGCCCAGCGAGAUAAUAUUGGACAACUCGAUCGAGACACUCAUCCAGCUAAAUGGCGCUGAGAACUCGCCGCAAGUCAUCUUUGAGUGGUUGGAGAGGAGUCCCUACCUGUAUCUCUUUGAGAAGAUAGUUGGGUCUGAACGUCUGAAGCAACAGAUGUCUCUAGUGCAGCCAAGCGGUGCACUGCUCAACAGCACUGCUUUAAGUAGUAACAAACACAUUGGCAAUGGUAAUGGCAAUGGCAAUGGAAAUGGAAGUGGCGGUGGCAUUAGAAUGCUAUCUCCAUCAAAAUAA